AAUUAAGCAAUUGUCACUAAUGGCACAGUGGUGUAAAACAGCGAGCCCCACCGACGGCGUGCUAGUAAUAGUUACACAAUUGUGGUAAUAGGACGUGGUACUAUGGUGUUGUGCUGGAAAAAAAUGCCCCGUAAUCAUGGACUAUAAUCGCGAAGCCAUAAUGCGUGUGUGGAUCAUCGCCAGUUUGGUCGCGCUCGUGAUAUCUGACGACACCACCCCCAUCCCCACUACCACCGAGCCCGUCAUCCCCUGCGACACCUGCGUCAGGGUCAACCAGACCUGCUACGACGUCAACUACCUCUUCGACCUCGAAGCGCCGUACAGAGAACGAAUCGUCAUCUCCAAGCUCGGAAUCCUUAAAUCAUCGAACAUCCUUUAUUUCAGCUUCGAGCCCAAAAUCACCGACGCCGAGUACCAAAAGGUCGGCUUCGUCCACCUCGACAACCCCGGGAACGCGAGCAUCAUAUCUAGCGAGAAGCAGCUCCUGAAUUUCGGCACGUUCGACAUAGACCAGGACAAUGGAAUGGUUUACCUGGGAGGCAGCGACGGGAUUUACGUGCUCGAUUCCAAAAUAAACACCAUAAUGCCUUACAGCUCCCGAGGGGACAGGGUGCUGAGUGUAUUCUACAAGGGGCACAUCUACUUCGUGAGGGACGAGGAGUUCAAAGUCGUGAGGAAGAAGGGGGACAACUUUGACGUACUGUUAGAGCACAUGAUGAUAAGGAACUUCGUUAUAAACAAGUACAACGUUAUCGUUUACGUGUGCACGUACGGGCUGUUCGCUUCCAAGCACAAGGAGACGGUGUGGCUGUCCAACAAUCCGUUCUUUAGGGGUCUAACUAUUGAUAUGUACGGUACGGUGUAUGCCUGGUGGGUGGACGGCAUAUACAAGAUAGACGUAGGCGCUAAUAUUGCGCGCUCCAAGAUCACCAAAGUAGCUCUGAUUCCGGACAUCGGUGCGGUAACGUUUGACAACGACAAUAACAUCAUGUUCACUUCGGGAAAAAGUUUGUUUAGGCUAACUGAAAGUAACGCUACUUAUUGUUAGGAUAUUCUUUAGUAAGCCAUAAAAGUAAACUACUUAUUUAAUGAUUUAAUAAUGUAUUUGCGAAUUGCGUGUUGGUAUACGUAAGAUCCGAAUUACAGAAGAUUUUGGGGAUACCUACGAAUUCAAUUCCCCCGAUUCGUAGGGGGAUACUAUAUUUUUAUACUGUUGUGUUCAUUUCUAUAUAAACUACGCUUACACAAUGUUAUUACUUAAAUAUUAC